GACUGAGAGGUAUGAAUGAGAAUGUUUAUCUCAGGGUUAUUUAUAAUAGAAAAAGAGUGGAAAUAACCUAAGGAUCCAGCAAUAGUUACAUAAAUUAUGAAGCAUGCAUGCAACAGGAUAGUCGGGAGCUUUUAAAAGGAUAUGACAUACCUUUAUGUAAUACAUAUACUUAUAUUAUUACAUAAAAAAGGAGUUACAGAACAGUGUAAUCUCAUUUAUAUAACAAAGUAUACCUACACAUUUUAAAGUCUAGAAGGAUGGAUACCAAACUAUUAUUAAGUGCCUUCUCUGCCAGGACUGUUACUUGCUCUGAAUUAUGAAAUUUUAAUAUAUAUGAUUUAUUGUCAGAAAAUCCAUGAUGAUGUAUGUGUUUUAAAUGUGUGUGUUUAUGUUUUGUUUGUUUUUCUUAAGAUGCCUGGUUGGGGUAAGGAAUUCCAAGACUGGAGACUAAAGACUGGCAAAAUGUGGCUAAGUUGGUUUCAUCACUUCAGAUACCACUUAGUUCCAGGUCUGUGGUGAAUUCUGCUUUGGAUAGAGAUGAUGGGGGUUCAUGGAGAGCCAACUCUAGAAAAGGAGACUGCCUUGCAGAAACUUCCUUGAUUAAUAAUGAGUGGGAGCCCUUGCAGAGUGCUUUAUGCUUCGCAUCAUCUGUUUGAUGCAAAGAGCGGUCCCAUGAGACGGGCAGAGCAGGAAUUAUCACCAAGGUGGAUUCCUUGUGUAGGAAGCGGUGCCAGAAGACAGAACAGGACUGAAGUCACGGGUCUGAACUCCCAGCUCUCCUCAAGCUCCUAGCCCAUGCCUGGCAUGGAGCGGGUCUCCAGGGCACCCUGGCACCUCCUCCUCCAAGUCAGUUCCCUGGGUCCACAGGCUGCUUCACUCUGCCUGCACCAGCCGCACCCUUCUUGUGUCUAUUCUCUUUCAAGUGCAGCCACGCUUAGUCUCCUUUCAUCAGGGCCCUUCCCACUUCUGUUCUCUUACCCGGGAAUGUUGUCUCCCUGUGUUCUCAGCCUCCUCCAAUCUUACUUCUUCUGUCAGCUUCCAGGUCUCAUUAUUCUUUCAAAACCUGUAUCAAAUACCAUUUCUUAUGAAAAGAUGCACCAGCCCCCAGCUGGACACUGUCGCUCCUUUCCCAGGCCACACUCCCGCCUUUCUCUUAAGACACAUCUUGCUUAUCUGAGGGUUCUCUGUGGGUGUGUGGUUUGUCUGGAUUAUACUGGAAUCUCUUUUGGGAAGGGUUUAUGUCUCAUUCAUCUGUGUUCCCUCAGUGCUGGCCCCCCAUGCAAAUGGACUUUGUCUGAUGAAUGAGGGGUGAACAAGUAAAGAAGGGACCAGGACAGCUGAUGGAGGGCAAGCCACGGAUGGAUGGGGAGGGGAAGAGCGAUGGGCAGAGGUCGAUGACUCCUCGAACCUGAUGGCAGUGCUGGCCCUGGCCUUGCUGGGAGAGGCGAGAGGCGAUGCAUUGCUGGCCAGCACAUCCCCAGGGUAAACAACCUCGGGGCUCUGCUCCUGCAGGCCCUGCCCACAUCAUAAAACAGAAAGCGCUUCCUCUUCAGGGGCGGGUGGAGAAGUGGGGUGACUUCUUAGAGGCUGAGCCUCAGCAUCUGGGAGAGUUUAUAAGCUGUGGCACAGACCCCUCAGCACCACGAACCCUCUUCUUCGUCCCCCUGCUCUCUGGCCUCCAGCUCUCCCAGCAGCAUGGCCUUUAACGGCAAGUACGAGAUCGAGAGUGAGAAGAAUUAUGAUGAGUUCAUGAAGCGUCUCGGGCUCCCCAGGGAUGCUAUUGAAAAGGGCAGAAACUUCAAGAUCGUCACAGAGGUGCAGCAGGAGGGGCAGCACUUCACCUGGUCCCAGCACUACCCGGGGGGCCACUCCAUGACCAACAGGUUCACCAUUGGCAAGGAGUGCGACAUGGAGACCAUGGGGGGCAAGAAGUUCAAGGCCACUGUGCAGAUGGAGGAUGGGAAGGUGGUGGUGGACUUCCCCAACUACCACCAGACUUCGGAGAUCUUGGGUGACAAGCUGGUGGAGAUCUCCACCAUCGGAGGCGUGACCUACGAGCGUGUGAGCAAGAGGCUGGCCUGAGCAACCAGGCAGGGUUCCGAUGGGCUACAAAGCCACUAAUAAAACAGGCAUUCUGUUGCUUCAGAGCUUCUUUGUCUGUUUUCUUGUGUCUUGGUGCAGUUCUAGCUGGGUGGGGUGAGUGGGACCUGCGUCCCAGCACAGGGAGACUGGCAUGUGGACUGCAAGACCCCUGGUCCCCUGGGAGCAGCCAAUGGCACACACAAGAGGUGUGGUGAGCACAGUACUGAGGACCCCGGGCUGCCCUGCCACCACCACUCUGUGGGUGGUGACACGGGGCUUGUUUAAGGAGACAGAGGUCCCCUGGAGGGGUACUACAGUGACUCUCAGGUGGGCCACAGGGCAGGUGUAUCAGAACUGGGGGAGGGUAGGAGUAGCACUUCCAGGACAGGGCCCCCUUGCUGAACCCCAGGGCUGGCAGACACCGGGAAGGGUGCACCAGGGCGAGGCAGGGAGGGGCUUCCGCACGGCGAGGCCCUGCUGCCAGUUUGCUGAGGGCCUCCUCCUGGGCCUCAGCUUGCCUACCGGUACAGAGAGGGCCCA